AAUAUAUUUUAGGAUUCUAACUCAUCUUCUGUACGUUUCCACGUAUAUCACAGUGUUGUAAUUCGAAUGGAGUAAUUGUAAAGUGCUCUAUCAGUUUAUUGAUGUUUUUCGUUAAAUCGAUUUCUUCAGUGACACUUAUGUCCCCUUUAUCCUGUCUUUUUUGCAACUAGCCAAAAAAACAUCACCGAUAUCAGAAACAUAGUUUUCUUAUCGUGGGGUCAUCAUUAGUUUUCUUUAAAUAGAAAAUUACAUAUACACUGCAUUCAAGAAUCUGUCACCUACUUUUCUUUCUCAUCCGCAUAACUGUCCUUUGUUGUGGAAAAGCAGAAAGUUACAAGUUCAAUCCAGAAGAUCAUUUCGGCUGUCAAACGGUUUAUCAUCGUUGAUAUAACACAGCUUUAUCGUUCACCGUAUACAGUAUAUAUACAUACGCAGAUGAGUGUGUAUAUAGUUUGUCUGAAUGGGAUGAUUAACAACCCGGAUUACGUGCACAGACCCGAUAGAUUAUUUGCCACUGCUAGAAGAAGAAGGAUCAUUUUGUUCGUGGUUUGUAAAGAGAAAGAAUACUUGAUAUGGCUACUGGAAAGAAACUCAUCAAUUCCGUCGAUACUGUUGUCGAGGAGACCCUGACCGGUCUGUGUCUGACAUAUCCUCAAUUGGAAUUUCAUUCAUCAAAAAGAGUAGUACUGGUACCCGAUUGGAAAAAUAGAAGCGGUAAAGUUGCUGUAGUAAGUGGCGGUGGUAGUGGACACGAACCAUUUGCAGCAGGAUUCGUUGGUUCUGGUUUGCUCACUGCUUCUAUAGCGGGUUCUGUCUUUGCUGCACCACCGUCGAAUCAUAUUUUGCACGCAUUGAAAUGUGUGUCUACCAACAACAAAGCCGGUAUACUCGUCAUUGUUCCAAACUAUACAGGCGAUUGUUUGAACUUUGGUAUCGCCAUAGAAAAAGCCAGACAAGCUGGUUUGACGGUGGCCGAAUUAACUGUCGGCGAGGACUGCAGUAUCCCGAUAAGUGAACAAGGAAGAGCUGGCAAACGUGCUCUCGUAGGUUUAAUUUUUGUGAGUAAGAUUGCUGGCGCACUUGCGGAGAGAGGACAGUCCUUAGCAGAUGUAACCACGAGUGCAGAAAUAGUCGCCAGCAAUAUAGCAACAUACGCUGUUGGAUUAUCUGGUUGUGCUUUGCCUGGACAAACAACGCUAUACAACAUUCCGGACGAUGAGAUAGAAAUAGGACUUGGUGUUCAUGCUGAGGCAGGUUACAAGCGCAUAAAGCUAAUGAAUGCAGCGGAAGUGACGGCGUUGAUGCUAGAACAAAUUGAGAAAAUUUUGUCGCUAGUAAACGGUAAUUCCGUUGCUGUUAUUGUUAAUAAUUUCGGAGCAACUAGCCAGCUGGAACAGGGGAUUAUAGUUCGCGAAGUUGUCACACAGUUGAAAUACAAGGGUAUAAAACCGCUACGUGUAUAUGCUGGUGUACUGAUGACAUGCUUGAAUAGUGCUGGAGUUCACAUAUCAAUUUUAAAACUGCCGGAGCACUACAAAGACACUCUCAUCAGCUGUUUGGAUGAGAAAACAAAUGCACCAAGCUGGCCAGGAUGUGAUUACAGCUUACCCGUAGACAUACCCAGAGAACCCUUCUACGAAGAAAAAAGGAAAAGAACCGUAAGAGUUGGCCGUGCACUUAACGAGGCGGAAGAGGCGCUUUUACAAAAGUGUCUAAAAAAUGCUAGCACUGCUCUUAUCGAACAAGAAGCCAUCAUUAAUGAUCUGGACAGUGGCUGUGGCGAUGGUGAUUGUGGCACUACACUGCGACACCUGGCUGAAGGCAUUCUUGCUUCUAUAGACAGUCUAUCUUUGUCGUACCCAUCCUCGUUGCUUAGUGAACUGUCAAAUAUUGCAGAGGAAUGCAUGGGUGGAACAUCCGGAGCUAUAUAUUGUCUCAUGUUUACUACAGCAGCCACAGAACUUGCCCUUGCGAAGCAAGAUGAAUCCUGGAUGCAUUCCUGGGCUCAUGCAUGGCGUGGUGGUUUGGAGGGUAUAAUGCGAUACAGCAAGGCUCGUUUGGAUGACAGAACAAUGUUGGAUGCUUUGGAUGCAGCAUGUAAGGAAUUCGAAGGACAUUUAUCCAGACCAUACAAAGAAGCUGCUGUAAAAGCUGCCGAAGCAGCACGUCUUGGUUGUAAUUCAACAAAAGAUAUGAAACCUAAAGCUGGUCGUGCCAGUUAUGUCAGCCAAGCCAUUUAUCUCCAAGGAGUGGAUGCUGGAGCCUACGCAGUUUCUAUCUGGAUUGAUGCUAUCGCUAAGACACUUGUCAAUUUUGAACCAUGACGUAAGCCUAUCCUUAAUUACUGUCAUGUCUUUACUAUGAAGAAAUUUUAAUAUGAAUUAUGAAAAUAUGUUUUUUAUUUGAAAGUUUAGUCACAGUUGAACCAACCAAAUAAGUGGAUAUUAGUUAUAAACUGGGUUUUGUUUAAUACAUUUCACUUUAUUGGUAUGCUAACAUUUGGUAUGAUUCCUUUCAGCACAAUUACCAUACAAAUAUUUUAGUCUGUCAUUUUAUUUUAAUAAUAAAUGGCAUAUUUCUCUA